CCAGAAACUGAAAAUUUUAGUUGAAAAUAACCCAAAAUAUCACUCAAUUGUCACAGUGUAUGUAUCUUACAACAAUAAUUUCAAACUCACAUUUGUUGAACUGUGUUCCAAACAUGAUUCAAAGCACUGUCUUUUUCUUUGGAGUAUUUAUUCUAUCAACCUGAUAUUUCAUAUAUAGUGGAAAAUUUUGGGUGCUUGUUUACGACUAUAAUAAAAUCACGGAGAGGAAUAGGUAAAAAUGAAAUGAGCCUAUGAUCUCAUCUACUUUGAAAAGUCCAAGACAGGAACACGUAAAAUCCGUGCGUCGACACUUGCUUCUGGAAGUGUUUUUUUGUUUUUUUCCAGAAUGGUGGGUCUGAACUGUGAUCCAUCCAUUUCAACAUUGAGUAUUCCUUCUAGAAAAAAAAAGGCAGAUGUCACUUCCAUUUUAAUACAAAUAUCUUUUCUUCUCCAUUGCAUAAAAUAUAAUUUUUAAGUCAGCAGCCAUCCUGCUAAUAUUGAUAUCCAAUAGAAAAUCCCUGUGUCAAACACGGCAGCAGCAGCAGCAGCAGCCCACCUCUCUUUUUCUUUUCAUGUCCUUUUAUAGACAACUUCCUUGAUAUUAUUUGAAUUGUUACGAUUAGCUAUAUAAAAAUUUCUGCUGUGUUGGAAAGACUUAAAAACAAAGUUUGUACUUUUUGUUUGUGUUGUUCGAUCUAGUGUUGGCAAUUAGAUAUGGACAUUAAAAGUAAAGUUUUUGAUGUCUCUUCGUUCUUGCUCUUCGAGGCAACCGGUGAUUCAGAAGCUGGUUUUUUUGAUCCUGCCGUGUCUGUUGUCAACCAUGCUGAAGAAGAUGAUAAUGAUGAUGCUGAGUCAUGCAGCUGUGAUACUACAUCUGAUUUUCUUCCUGGGGUUAGAGAGCUUGAUAGCUUAGAAAACAAAUUAGCAAAUGUUGGUGAUGAUGAUCAUCAUGAAGAUGAGGAGGAUGGGGAGGUGGUGGAGCAAGAGGAGGUUCAUUUGUAUAAAAAGUGCAGGGAUGAUCAGCGUAUUAAUGGAGUAGUGGCAAAAGAAAAGAAAUUAUCAGCUGUUUCUGUUGAUUCAACCAAAACCAUGAAUGAGAUGGAAAAGAACAGGCUAUUUUGGGAAGCCUGCCUGGCAUCUUAAAAUCUGGAUUUUCUUCCUUUCUUUUUUGUUCUUGUUUUUCUAGCUACCCAAAUGACUUCUCCAGUCCUCUUUAGUUUUUAUGUAUCUCAUUCAUUCUGCUCCAUGUUCUUCAGUUUUCUCCCUGUUUUUUUUUUUUUUUUCUGGGUAUUCUUCCAUUGUUUAUUCAAUUGUUUGAAUAUACUGUCAAUUGUACAUAGAAAACAUGGUUUUGCAACCUGAAGAAAUUAAUAUACAAAUGAAAAUCAAUCUUGCU